CUCGUCUUGGCAAGUCUCCCUCACAGCAGAAGAUCAAGAUGGCGGCUCUCACUCGGCUCGGUUCCCUUCCUUUACGGCUCAACCAGCGCCUCCUCAAGCCCUUGGUGGUGCGGACGGCGGGCAUUUCCACCUCCAAGAAGAACAAGGACACCGUUGCCGUGACAGAUGUGAUCACAGAACGCACCAAGAGCAAGACAGAGGCCUCGGACACGGACGCACAGCAGAAGAACUGGGUGAGCUGGGGGUUCGAUCAAAAGAACAUUGUGGAGGAUAACACCUCAAUGCACAUCACCUUCUUCGUCGGCGUCACCCUCUGCAUCGUCGUCACCGGUUUCUUCUGGACCUACCUCCCUGACUACAAGAAUCGCCACUGGGCCCAGCGUGAGGCCUUCCUUGAGCUGAGGCGACGGGAAGCACUCGGCCUGCCUGCCAUUGAUGCCAACCUGGUCGCCCCAGAGAAUAUCGAGCUUCCGUCCGAUGAGGAGUUGGCCGGCGUCGAGAUUAUUAUUUAGAGGGGUGGACGGAAGACACACAGUUACACGCGCACUCCCUACACAGCCACUGCCAUCACACUUUCCAGCUCAUUGGGAAUUCUUAUUUAUAUAUAUUUUGGGACGGGCAGUAACGUUGCAUAGAAAAAUUGUUGUAUGAUUUGGAUGGUGGUAGUUGAGGUCUUAAUGUAGCCACUGCCUGCUGUUCUCUGUGGUGCAAAGCUGUGCCAGGAAGCGACUUGUAAUGUACGUAAGUGUAGGGUCGUGUCUUAAAUUACAAUGGAGUUGUUUAAUUAAUGUAAAUAUCUUCUAAAAUAAAAGAUUUAUUAUAUACAAA